AAGGCCGCUUUGGAUUUUAUAGAUCAUGAUGCUCAUGGUCAGGACGUGAAGACGGACUAUGUUUACAACUACUCCUUAUCAUGCUUAUUUUGUUUGGAGAAUCAAUCUUCUCAUUCUCAACCAUGUAGUCGUAAGGUUUAAAUCAUGACGAGGGUGUAUGCUUACUGCCCUUUGUUUCGACAAGAAUCAACAUGUUGUCAAUAACAAGGGUCCUCUACUGCUCGUUCCUUUUCCCCGUCUGCCUGUGGUAUAGUGGAGGAUGUGGUAGUACUAUUAUGGCAAGUGGCCAUCAAAUUUUACGGUCGAGCACGUCUACGUCCAGGAAAAAGACGUUUUGCGAUCCAGGAUUUCAAUCAUCGCCUUACGAAGGACUCAGGGACACAGACAUUAUGAAAAAAGACGCUUCUAGAUUUAGAGGCAUGGAAAAAGAAGCUUCUAAGUAGAAGAUUUAGAGGCGUUCAUCAUUGAUUAUGCCGGGGAAAGUCUGGUUUUCGAAAAUGGUAGUUUAUCAAACUUUUACUAUCCUGGUAGUAGAUGUAGAGGCUUUUUUGAGAACUAUUCGUCCCGCCUAAAUGUGCGUAUGAGGCCUUUUUUCAUAACAUCUGACACAGUCGACAGUCCGAAUAAUCAGUGCCGAGUUGACCACAACCAUGGGGGCGCCUUGCAUCAGUACCAAUUAUUAUGAUCAAACGACCUUCAGCUUCUCAGUUUUUCGAACUAGAUAUCAACGAACAAGCUGGGAAAUCUUAGGCAGCUCGCCGAAUAGAUUCAAAUCAUCAUCAACGAACAAGCUGAUGCAUCUUCAGUGACCAUUUCUCUUCCAAGUGGACUGUAACUCGAUUUUUCUAAGAAGAACCAACAGUUAUACAGUCUCUCCUCCUGCACCAGUCCUAGCAGUAUGCUAGUUUCAUCAUGCUCAGUCCUCUUCUAGAGCAGUUCUUGUAAUGAAUCAAUCUUCAAUAUUACUCUGUACUAGCAGUUCUAGUUAUUUUAGUUCUAAGAAUGCAACUGCAGCACCAGGACGAGGACAAGGAAGACUACCAGGCACAUCUGCAGCUGGAAGAUAAAGCGACUUUUCGAGGCUUCGGCUUCUACUUAUCCGGACCGUUAGACGCUAGGGCUUCUACUCGAAAACUGGAAAUAAGCGAGUAGAACCAAAAAUAAAGCAACGGAGGCUCCUUAGCGUUCUCACUUUGUGCUGUUUUUGCUAGUCUAAGUCGCUUUCUCAACCCCUCUUUUCAACCUCCUUUUUUCGACCCCUCUUUUCAACUCCCUUCUACAUGAUACUCCUUCUACCCCAAUCCAUACGUAAAACGGACCAUUAGACGCUAGGACUUCUACACGAUACUCCUUCUACCCCAAUCCAUACGUAAAACGGACCAUUAGACGCUAGGACUUCUACACGAUACUCCUUCUACCCUAAUCCAUACGUAAAACAACCUUGCUAUAUGACGGAGAAUCUUUGGUAGUCCUUCAGAGGCUGCGUCAAUCCGCUUGAGAAUGCAGCUAAACUCUGCGGACGGCGGAUCGCAUCCUAGUAAUCCUCACCCGAAUCUUAGGCUUCUCGCCCCUUCAUGCAGUGUAUUGAAUUUUCAGCGUCACCCACCUGCUCACUGUUCUAAUUUAAAUGGCUAAUACCUCACGACUUCUAAGACGGAUACUAGUAAUACGGGAGAACACAUCCUAUUCUUCUAAUACCUCAGUAACAGAUCAGAAGGACUCUACACCAGGUGUGGGACUCUGUGCUCCCCCAGUGCGAAACGGGACAGUGCAAAAUUGGUACCCUUCGGAGGCCGAAAAGAAUAGUAGCACUCAAAUCUGGUACAAGAGACUCACGGAGAGUUAUGGUUAGUUGAAACAGUAUCACUCAGAGAGAGAGUGAGAUCAUAAGCUACAAGAGACUCACGGAAUGUUAUGUUACAACAGAGUUUGCUUGCAGAAGCUCUGGCUUGCUGCUUGCGUUUCACACGAAGUAGAAGUCGUCUCUCUGAAUCUAGUGCAAUAGUACCGCAGGAGCACAAUAAAUAUGGAGGGCAUGAUCAAAUAAAGAAAUACAAAUACAAUCUACAUAGAAGAAACAAGAUCUCUGUAUUAUCGAGAAAAAUAUAUUCUAACUCGCCGAUCUGCCUUUGAACCACGGUCCCCGUGCAUGCUCAGCGCAGUGCUCCUCGUACACGCAGCCGAUCCGGUGUAUCGCAUUUAACAGGCAUAGGAUGAGCAAAACAGUGAACGAUACCAAGUGCUAUAGUACACGGAAGGUACUACUGUCAUGACCUUGCAAAUUUGAGGAGUUUAUGAUGCUUUUAUUGCCCCUAUCUAUAAGUACAUAGAAAAGAAGUGAAUCUCAGCGAUGUGGUACACGUACGAAAAUCCGUUUUUUUUUCAGCUGGAAGGUUGCAUUUUGUAUCUCACCGCCAACCUCACGAUGGAGCAUCCGGAUAUGACGUAUCGCGUCGUUAUGAUUGGGCUUAGGGUUUCCGCGUCGUCAUGAUUAUUGCUGAAGGGACAACUGAUAUUAAUUCUCUCGUUUAGUUGACCUAGAGGCUCAACUUUCAUCUAAUUCACGCCUUGGACACAGGCACCUGCCAGAAUGGGCUCAGAAUUCCGAAUGGCUAGAGCCUCAAAAUAGGUGUUGUAUCCGAAACAUACCAUCCUUACCAAACAGUGGCUAUCUUCAGUCAAAAUUGAGAUAGAAGUACAACUACCAGGUGAUGAAGGUCGGUUCAGAGUUCAACGCUGGUGGAAAUACUGAUACUAGAAAAUGAAGCAAGAAUCUAGGAAGUAGAAGUGGAUACCUCCUGAGAGUCAAAAAUUAGAGAUUGAAAAUACAUGUCGUAGAACAAGUAUCACUACUAGAUGUUGAAUGUCCUCAAUGAAUUACAACCACCGUUAUCAAGUAACGGACGAUAAUAUGAUUCAAUAUCGAUGUUUCUAUUCUCUCAUCUGGAGGAAAUCUGAAGAUGAUCAAGAAAUACUGUAGUAGAGAACGAGCAAUUUUUUGUUGAUCUUAGACAUGUUCAUAAUUUAGAUGGAAAUCUUCUAGUACUCCUACUCACAAAAGAGGGCCUUCUGUCCCCUGCUGGCAGCACUUCCAUUCAGCUCCUCAGGCCCAGCCUGAGCUCUCUGGCGGCCGAGAACGGCAGUCGCCCAGUCAGAUACAUGAGCUGCCGGCCUUCACAACGUACGCGCCUGAACUCUCACAGACCAGACAGGCCUUCGCCCCUGGUUGGCUCCAGAACGCCCAGCGCGUACUACAGAAAAGUGGCUGGGACUUCUCUUCCAUACGCCAAGAAGCUCGCCUGCUGCUGCCUCCAAUGCCCAACCUCGCGGUUCGGACGCUGACUCGAGACACCGAGGCCGUCAACCUGGAAGUCGGGGAAGUUCUGCGUGGGUCCUCGCGAGCAGCUGGAGUUCUGGCUAUCGCCACCGACGGGGGCUUCUUCAGACCUAAAGAAAAGCAGAAGGAGACGCACGGGGAGGGAUCGGCUGCGGGAAUCCUGGUCGGAUGUCACCUCGUUCGCCCGCUUCUUGCCUUACGAUUCUUGUCGCGCAGCAGCUACGAAAGUGAGUGGGUAGCUUUCCACUAUACGGCCCGGCAGCUCAUCAGCACGGGCGGCACUUCUGGGAAGCGAGUCAUCCUGUUUACGGAUUCACUUAGCCUAGUGGCCCGACUCGAAUCCAUGACGGCAGCAGAUGGCGUAGGCCUGGGUACUCCGGCGGAGCAGGCCCUGUUGACAGACCUCGGGGCGCUUUGCUCGCUUGCUGCUUCUGUUCGAGUCGAGCACGUCAACUCCCACGCUGGGUGCCACAUCAAUGAGCUCGCUGACUCUCUGUGUACGCUGGGGCUGAAGACGCAACCUGCCGGCCCCUCUGGGACCGCCGACCUCGGACGUAGCCAGACAAAAGCGCUUCUGGAAGAGCUCUUCGGCGCAGAAGAACGGGGCGUCUUGUCCGAUCUGGCACGCAGGCACUCGGUCAGUGCGGGCAUCCUCCGUUCCCUCGACUUCUCUCGAGCGGACCUUGGGCGUGCCCUGCGGUCGCUACAGGGGGAGGGCCGCACCACGCAGCGGGUGGCGGCGUCUGUUUUGGGCGCCACGAGGUUCAAGCGCAUCGCAGAAGCCGGCUUGCUUCCCACCGUGUGCCCUUUUUGUGAGGACGUGACUGACUCUUGGCCCCACCUGCGCCAGUGCUUGGGCUAUGGCUCCGCGCUCCUCAGUCCCUUGGAUCCUGAUGCGCUUCCGCCUUGGCUUCUCUUCACCGCCAUCAUCCUCGAUCUAGUCGCCUUCGAACGGCGCGCCUUUUGCGAGUCGCGCACACCCUCCCGCAGUUGCAGUAGCGCUGCAUCUUAAGCCGGCCCUUUGAGUGAGACGUAGCCUUCCGUCUUGGCCCGGAUGCCGCGUCCUGUUGGUCCCCGUUGGGUCGCGCAUGUCCUGGGCGAGCUCGCCGCUGCAUCGCGUUCCCGUGUUAUGGCUACGAUUCUCGACCAUACUAACACCUGCGGACUGAUCGGGCCCCGCAUACGACUCUCGGGUUGCAUGAUGUUGGAGUUCCACCAGGCUUCCUAUAGUAACUAACUAACUAACUACUCACAAAAGAACUGUCUGCCAUGUAAGUGUAAGUAUUACCUUACGUCGACGCAGUCGUCGUGACCCACUGUAAUAUUCUUCUGACACUGACGACCUCCAUAUUAUUGACACUCGCACUAAACUAAUUGUGGGGGCCUCCAUAAUGACACUAGCAGCACGCUAGUAGGGACAUUUUUCCCCUCAGUGGUGAUGAAGAAUGCACAGCCAUGGACUUUUACCAACAUAAGGACAUGGACACAACAAGGCGCUAAGGCUCCAGAAAGGCAUUUUUUUUUGACCCAUGGAUGAGACAGCCUUCUGCGUGCUCGACCAGAACGUCGCUGUUCUUGCUGAGGAG